AUGCAAAAAUGCCGAUUUUGGAUUGGAAGCUGCAAACUUCGAGCGCAUCUAUGUCCUGACAACUGUUACUGGCACUGCCUCAUCUACCCCAUCCCUCCUGACUUCCUCGCCCUCCGCAUACUCUCAGGCUUCCAUCCGGCUGCUCUGUGUAAUAUCAAGCUUGAUACUCGACACGCUUCGGACAGGACUACUUCGAGACCUUUCGUUCUUCCUGGUGGCAAGCCUGCAUACCUACCUAUUACCUACGUGAAUGUCCAAUCACCAUCACCAGUAUCCCACAUCUUUAGCCAGACCGUUGAAACAGGCUCCUGA